AUGGCACUAUUUGAAAGCUCCAUAACUGAAAACCAAAGAGGGCGGAGGGGGGGAAGAGAAAAAGAAGCAAAGGAAGCCAUGGGAAGACCUCCAUGCUGUGAUAAAGUAGGUAUCAAGAAAGGUCCAUGGACUCCUGAAGAAGAUAUCAUCCUCGUCUCUUACAUUCAAGAACAUGGUCCUGGAAACUGGAGAUCAGUCCCUACCAAUACUGGGUUAAUGAGAUGCAGCAAAAGUUGCAGACUUAGAUGGACUAAUUAUCUCAGACCAGGAAUCAAAAGAGGCAACUUCACUCCUCAUGAAGAAGGGAUGAUUAUUCACUUGCAAGCCUUACUGGGUAACAAAUGGGCAGCCAUAGCAUCGUAUUUACCGCAAAGAACAGAUAAUGACAUAAAGAACUACUGGAACACCCAUCUGAAGAAGAAGCUAAGGAAGUUUCAGUCAGCUAUGGAGCCUCCUUCAAUGGCGGGUGAUGAGAAGAGCUUAGAUUUCGCAGAAAGUGAGACUAGAGCUGGUUCAAGUAAUCUUAAGCUAAACCAAACCUCCUCUUCAUAUGCUUCAAGCACCGAGAAUAUAUCUCGUCUUCUUCAAGGUUGGAUGAGAUCGUCACCCAAGAUUAACAACAACAACAACAGCGACAGCAUUGGGAGUUGUUCAGCUGCUGCAAACUGUGAUUUGAUUUCUCAUGGAGAUGAUCAGUUGGAAUCGAUACUAUCGUUUGAGAACAUGAAGGAUGUUGCAUUAAUGGAGAAAUCUACUUCAAAGGCUACUUUUCAAGAUUCUGGUGAAAAGAUUAUUAACCCAGAAAGGAAGCAAAAAGCUGAUAACAGUAACAAUAAUAUUGAUGAUAAUAAUAAUAAUAACAGUAAUCCUCCAUUAUCGUUUCUUGAGAAGUGGCUUUUGGAUGAGAGUUCUUCUGCAGCUCAAGUCGAAGAAAUUGAUCAGAUGAUGGAAUUGCCUUCAAUUUUCUAAGAUUUUCUUUUGUUAUAAUUUUUUUUUCCUUCUUUGUUCAUCUCCCUUGCCUUCAUAUCAUUUCAAGCUUUAUUGGGGUAAAAAGGGAAAUAAAAAAAAGUUUGGGUUAUAUCUCUAGGGUUUAAAUUUUUCAUUUUUGGGAAUCUGAAAAAGUUUGGGAUCUCUUAAUCUUAACAAAAUGUAAUUAACCUUUGAUGUUUCUUUAUGAACUCUCUAGUUGAUGGUUGUUUUUUU